AUGGACGCCAAUCGCUUUUUGGAAAAACACAUUGACCUCGAAGAGAUUGACCAGAGCGUUCAAGAUAUCCUUGAUCUUGCCGCAACGGGUCAUGACCAAGCCUUAUCCCGCAAGUUCAACAUAUGGAGCAUGCUAGCUAUGUCAUUUUGUGCUCUGGGAACAUGGUCAGCCUUUGCACAGGACCUCUCCAGUGGGCUAGUCAAUGGGGGCCCUAUUGAUAUCAUCUGGGGGGUCUGCCUAGUCAGUAUCUGUAACCUUUGCGUUGGCCUUUCAUUGGGAGAAAUGUGCAGCAGUAUGCCGACUACUCUCGGCCAAGCAUAUUGGACCUAUCGAUUGUGGGAGGGUCCUUGGGGCAGAUUUUGCUCUUACAUGUGUGCGUGGAUUACUACAUUUGGUUGGUGGACGAUAACCGCAUCGCAAGUUGCAUUCAUGGGGCAAUUCUUGCUGCAAAUGAAGGUUAUUGUCGACCAUGACUGGGCUCCUGCAAAUACCGGAUAUGUCCAGUUUCUCAUGUAUGUUGGUGUUACGUUGUUUUUCACCUCGGUCAAUGUGGUAUCGUGCCGUCGGGACUGGUGGCUUCCUUGGCUGAAUAACUUCGUGGGCGGCUGUUUCGUCGUCCUGUUUUUUGUCUUCAGCCUUGCCUUGCUCAUCGCUGUCGGUGUCCGCUCAGACCUCAAAUUCCAACCACCGUCUUUCACUUUUGGCAAGUGGAUUAAUCUCACCGGCUGGGCUGACGGAUUGGUCUUCUUCCUCGGGCUUCUCCAGGGCGCUUAUGGACUGACCGCAUAUGAUUCGACUCUACAUAUGAUUGAAGAACUCCCGAGGCCGCGGAAGAACGGCCCCCUGGUCAUCAACCUGUCGAUUAUCAUUGGCGGUACAUCUGGCAUAUGCUUCAUGAUCAUCUGCCUAUUUUGUAUUCAAAACACAGACAAAGUCAUCAACCCACCAACAGGGCUGCCUUUUGUUGAAUUGAUGCUACAGACCGUUGGGUUAAAGGCUACAUUGUCUAUGAUUUCUUUAUUCAUAUUCAAUGGGCUCGGUCAAGGCACAGUUAUGCUGACGGCUGCUUCUCGACUCACCUGGGGCUUUGCUCGAGAUGGGGGGUUGCCAUGGAGUGACUACCUCGCUCACAUUGAUAAGACUUGGAAAGCUCCUGUUCGAGCGCUUUGGGCCCAGGGACUGAUCAUUUCGCUGGUCGGAGUUCUCUACAUGUUUUCGACGACCGUUUUGCAGGCGAUAUUGAGUGUCAGUACGAUCGCGCUGACUAUAUCUUAUACUAUUCCGAUCCUCACUCUUGUGAUUGUGGGUCGUGACAAGUUGCCACCAGCAAGCAUUCGCCUUGGCCGCUGGGGACUGCUUAUCAAUUGGGUCAGUUUGAUCUACUGCUCUGUGACCACGGUACUUUUCUUUUUUCCAUACUCGCCACGACCUACCGCCUCAGAUAUGAAUUAUGCCAUUGCCGUUUUCGCCGUUAUGAUAAUAGUGGCAAUAUUCUUCUGGUUUGUCCGAGGAAAGGAGACAUACCUACAGACUAAUGCUGCAAUACUGGAAAUGGAACACGCUCGGCAAUUAGAGUCUGUACCGGAGAUGCAGAUUGGGCUGGAGCCAGAAAAUGCGAAUCGUGACAAGAAAUCUGAUUGA